UCUUGUUGUUGAUCCGUACCCAGUGGGCAGCGCCAGGAGCUGGACCGAGCGGCCGGUGCGGGGCCGCUGCUGCGGGGCUCAGCCACCUGCGCUGCCUGCCAGGGGGCGGGCCGAAACCUGGAGGCCCGGGGGCCCCAGCUCCCGUGGGGAGCCUUGGGCGCCCGCUGCCCGGGUCGGGCCGGCCAGAACAAUAAGCUAAGCAGACUCUGACCAUUGGCCUCCCACUAGCCAGGAUCAACCUAGCUCUCCUUUUGUGGUCCAUGUGCUGCAUCGUCUGCCUUCAGUGUGCAACUGGCCCCCAACGCAAUGUGUGUUUGUCAAACCAUGGAAGUGGGGCAGUAUGGCAAGAAUGCAAGUCGGGCUGGAGACCGAGGAGUUCUCCUGGAGCCCUUCAUCCAUCAGGUGGGCGGACACAGCAGCAUGAUGCGGUACGACGAUCACACAGUGUGCAAACCUCUCAUCUCCCGGGAACAGCGCUUCUACGAGUCUCUCCCUCCCGAAAUGAAGGAAUUCACCCCUGAAUACAAAGGCGUGGUUUCUGUCUGUUUUGAGGGAGACAGUGAUGGUUACAUCAACUUGGUAGCCUACCCUUAUGUGGAGAGUGAGACUGUAGAGCAAGAUGACACACCAGAACGGGAGCAACCUCGGCGCAAACACUCCCGCCGGAGCCUGCAUCGGUCAGGCAGUGGUAGUGACCACAAGGAGGAGAAAGCCAGCCUGUCCUUUGAGACCUCGGAGAGGAUUACAGGUGUGCACCACCAAGCCCACUUGAGCUCAGGACCUCAUGCAUGCCCCCAGGAAGCAAAGAGUCCAAAGGUGGAGCUGCACUGCCACUCAGACGUCCCUUUCCAGAUGCUAGACAGCAAUAGUGGCCUGAGCUCUGAGAAGAUCAGCUACAACCCCUGGAGCCUGCGCUGCCACAAGCAGCAGCUCAGCCGCAUGCGCUCUGAGUCGAAGGACCGAAAACUCUACAAGUUCCUUCUGCUUGAGAACGUGGUACACCACUUCAAGUACCCCUGCGUGCUGGACUUGAAGAUGGGCACCCGGCAGCAUGGGGAUGACGCCUCUGCCGAGAAGGCGGCCCGGCAGAUGAGGAAGUGUGAGCAGAGCACUUCUGCUACACUAGGGGUCAGGGUCUGUGGCAUGCAGGUCUACCAGCUGGACACAGGUCAUUACCUCUGCAGGAACAAGUACUAUGGUCGUGGACUCUCCAUCGAAGGCUUCCGCAAUGCUCUGUAUCAAUACCUGCACAAUGGCUUGGACCUGCGACGUGACCUCUUUGAGCCUAUCCUGAGCAAACUGCGGGGCCUCAAAGCUGUGCUGGAGCGGCAGGCCUCCUACCGCUUCUACUCCAGUUCUCUGCUUGUCAUCUAUGAUGGCAAGGAGUGCCGGUCUGAGCUACGUCUCAAGCACGUGGACAUGGGGCUCCCUGAGGUGCCACCAUCCUGUGGCCCCAGCACCAGCCCUAGCAACACCAACCUUGAGGCUGGCCCCUCUUCUCCGCCCAAGGUGGAUGUCCGCAUGAUUGACUUUGCACACAGCACAUUCAAGGGCUUCCGGGAUGACCCCACUGUUCACGAUGGGCCGGACAGAGGCUAUGUGUUUGGCUUGGAGAAUCUUAUCAGCAUCAUGGAGCAGAUGCGGGACGAGAACCAGUAGGCCCAGUUCUGGGCCCUAGGACGACCCCUUCCUCUCCACCCACAGGCAGGGACCAUUGCUCUGAACUUGCUGUGAGGACACACAGACUUGCUUUUAAAGGGUUAUAUUUCUCUUUGGUGUAAACUAAAAGAAAUGUUUUUAGCUGUAGCCUGGAAUCCAUAUAUAUAAAGUAAAGGAGGACAGAACAUACGUCCUCUCAGCCAGGCUCCUUAGCUUUGUGGCUUUGACUGCUGUGUCCAGGCUGACUCAGGAAGGAAGAGGUGGCCCCAGUGGGCUUGGCAGCAGAGAAAGAAUGCCUUUGAACUUUGGUUUCCCUUGCCUAAGGUUUUGGGCUCUGUGGCUGUAGGGUUCUGCUGAUUGAGAGGUGAAGCCCUUGGCUGGCACAGGGUCUCUCCAUGCCUACUCAUCCCUUAUUUCCCAGAAUUGGGAGCAUUAAGUGCCCACAUCUUGAGGGCCUUUGUAGCUGUGUGCCAGUGCUUGAAUAGAUGCCUCAGGGCAUUACAGGGCUCACUGCACACAUGGACUCAUCCUUGGCUCUGAUUUUGGCAUGGGGCUAGGUUUGUGAAGCUGAGCUAAGGCCAACUCACAGCAGAGGAUGGGCCCUGGGCUCUCUAGGCACCCACUGGCAUGCAAACCUCCUCCUCUGUCCACAGCCCCAUCUAGCCUCUUGCAGAGAUCCCUUGCCUAACGAGGCCACAUACCCUCUUGUCUCACUGAGGUUGGCACAGCUCUGUUUGCUGAGGAGAGGCAGUGUCCCGGGAUGCCUAAGGGCCUGUAGUGGCUCUGACCCACACAGUAUUUGCAGUUCCUGGGCCUUGGAUGGUGUCCCUUCCUCUAGCUUGGGCAGCUGUGCUGCCUGUGGAUGGGCUGCUCCUCCCAGGGCUCUGGGGCCGUGGUCCACUCAGGGUCUUGUCUUGGCCAGGCCAAGCUCAAGGCAGCAAGUAGCCCGUUACGUGGUGGUCCAGGCUCUAGGCUUGGAGGGAGAACUCUAAACUUGUCUGGUUUUAGGGACCUAGGGCCCUGGGUAUGGGAGUCUGCUGAGAACUUUGUCUGAUUAAUCCUGGGGUCUGUCGGUAAGUCCGUUUGUCCACCCGCUAGCCCCUGUUUUGUGGUGAGAUUUCUGGAGUGUAGCCUUGUUAAUUAGUAUAUAUUGAUUUCCUUCAUGCUUCCUCAGCAGAGUAUUCUUUCCCUUUGCUGAGGUGAGCCUUUGCUCCUGCGCCCUUCCUCCGCAGGUUCUGCUGUUUUUCAAACCUGAUAGCAGAAUGACUCGUAGUGGUGUUUACUUGCUGUCCUGGUGGCCUUCCGUACCAACAGUGGGGCAGUGAAGACUCAAGAGGUGGUCCUGACCCAUUGCUCUAUUUUUGCUACCAGCCCCUUUGAUGGUGGAUACUUGUUGCCUGUAACAUAGGUGUCUGACAGGUUACACUGCACUCAGCCAUUGCCAAGGUGAGCAAUAGUCUCCAAGUCUCUGGCCAGUGGGCAUCACUUCUGACAUGUCUGUUUUGGCAUUUGAAGAUAAUCCUGCCAGCCUUUGAGAGAUACUGUUAAACUGAUGACACAAUUGCCUGGUUCUUAGAGAUGCAGCCUCUGAAAAGGGCUCCUUGAUGGAUCCCAGUCUUCUGACCCUGGUGCCAGUGGUGGGCAGGUUCCCAUUCCUUAGGGCCAGGAGGCAGAGCUUUGCCCAUUUUUGGUUAGUAACAACUGUCUUCUGUCUAGUAGUAGUCUGUUGCUUCAGCCAUGGGGGCAGUAAGUGUUCAUUAGUGUGGAUGCAUCUCUGGCAGGAUAGAGGUCAGGAGAUGGAUUUGGGGCCAGUUGAGACCUAGGAGUGUGUUGUACUUCCCCAGUUAGAAUUUUCUGGGGGCCGGGGUGCUGCCCCAUCCUGCUGGUUCUCAAGUAGCAAGGGAGGCAGUGCCCACAGCGCUUGAAGUUCUGCCACUACAGUAUGGAAAGGCUGGGAUUUGCUGCUCCUCAUGGGCAGGGCCCCACUUUCCAGCACUUUGAUACCUGGAGGCCCAGCUCGUUUAUCUAAUAGUGGUGGCAAGUGUGUGCAAACACUUCCUGCCAUUGCUCUCCUACCUGUCCCUGACAGGGCCUGCCUUCCCAGCCCCAAUUUGGGACCAAAGUGCAACUCGGGAUCAUGGGUUGGGGAGCUCAGAUCACCCCUCAUCAUAGUAUUAUAUUUUCCUGGGCCAAGCCCACACCAGCCCCGGGGAGAUGGGUGGGAAUGAAAUGGGAUAGGUGGUGCUUAAAAAGGAAAGGGACCAGUGUAGCAACUACUUGCCUGGGACCCCACCCCUCCCAGCUUUGGGCUUGUGCAGUGGGUGUGGGGAUUCUCUCCUGGGCCAAGGCGCCUGGGCUAGUUCAGUAUCCGCUGCUCAUUCGCUCACAUCUGGCCACGUGCACGUUCCCUUAGAUGCAAACUGCUUUGAACUUUACAACUAAAGUAAGUUGGUUGUGUGUGUGCCCAUUAAAAACAAACAAACAAACAAAAAAAAACAUUUUAAUGAGGAAAAAGGAGAACCUGGGAAAAGUUCCUUUGCUUUUGUGGAGGAAAUGUUAGACUUUGAAUUCUGGAAAUUGUUCUCUGUUCCUCUUUCCUGGAAGCUACACGCCCGCCAACACACCCUAAGACCUGCGCCAGGAUACACACGUGGCACCAUUGGCCAUUGGCGUUUAGGCGCGCUUGCGUUUCCCCUGGUCUUCUGUGUGGUGGAGAGGAGUGCUUGGCUCAAGCCGGCCCUUUUCUGUACACCCAGCGCUACCCUCCCGCUUGUGUCAGGUCGUGUAUGUCCAAAUAAAGCCUCUAGAAUCUGAA